AUGUGUAUGAAUGUUUUCCAACGAGAAGAGCAGAAUACGACAUUGAAUCCUUCAAUGAUUAAAACUGGAGAAUUAUCACCGGAAAGAACGCAUUAUCCUAGAAGUUCAUCAGAAAAUAGUUUUAUAUCUUUUGAUGAUAAUGAAAUUAUUGAAUUCGGUCCAAUUAAAGUAAAACGACGUAAAAACCCAGCACCUACAUUAGCUACCGGUCGUCGAUCGAAAUAUGAAAUAUUAAGUCCAGAAGAAGAACAAAAACGUUAUAUAAGACGAGCACGUAAUCGUGCAGCUGCUGAACGUGUACGUAUAAGUCGAUUAUGUGUUGAACAACAAUUACAAGAUCAAAUAGACGGAUUAGAAGAACAAGAACAUAAGUUAUUAAACGAUAUAAAAAUGCUUCAAUAUCAAAAGCUACAGUUAGAAACACGAGCUCUUACGCAUGAAAAAAUGUGUUCUAAUAGGUUUUCAUCGAAUCCGCAAAAUCAUCGCAUAUCUACAUUUACCUCAAGUAGUGCUCCAAUAUCAACAACAUUUCAACAAUUAGAACAUACAUCUGACCUUUACUUUGAAGACUUGUUUUCUAAUUCACCACCUUCUAUACAAAUUCAGCCAAAUAAUUAUUCGAAUGUGCUAACAACUAUGACGCCCAGUGAUGAAUUAGAUAUUUUUUUAAUGGAUAUGUAA